AUGCUGGCUCGAAUGUAUGGAUCCGCAGCACGGCUAGCGACACGUAACCGGCCGAUUGCGCUACCAACGCUACCCUCGUUGUCCAAUGCCAACAACAUCAACCUCAGGCUCGAUGCCGACGUGCAACGGCGGACGAUGCAGGACACCGCGUUUGCCGAUGGACUUCGCGGAAUAGCCGCACUGUACGUCGUUGCCUCGCAUCUGGUGCUGUGCUACGCCCGCGCCCUCGUCAAUCCAUGCUGUGCUCCCGGCAGUGAGCAACCGCAGCUGCUACAGCGGCCCAUCUUCCGGCUGUUUGCUUCUGGACAUUCCUGGGUUGCCGUCUUCUUCAUACUGCUGGGGUUCGUUAACUCGCUCAAACCUAUCAGCCUCAUCAGAAAUGAGCAGGUCGACACUGCUGCCAGCAAGCUGGCGGCCUCGUCGCUCAGCAGGAUCUUCAGGCUGUUCUUUCCCGCCACAUUUGCUACCGUUGGGAGCUGGUUCAUCUGCCAAUUCGGACUCUACGAGAUGGCUCGGCAUUCCGACGCCUUCUGGCUGCAGGUGAACACUCCGGCCGCAAGUCCCAACAUCUUUGCGGCCAUCGGAGAUCUCAGGGAUGCCCUCAUCAAUACAUGGAAAUUCGGGGGAGACAAUCAGUAUGACCAACCACAAUGGGCCAUCAUCUACCUGCUACAAGGCAGCCUCAUGACGAUCAUCGCCCUUCUCGUCACCGCAAACAUGACGUCCCUUUGGCGCACGGUCUCCCUCUGUCUGCUCGCCUUGUCCUCGGUCAACUGGUCUCAUGUUACGCUAGACCCUUACAUCGGCCUCGCCUGUUUCGGUGGCAUCAUCAUGGCCGAGUCCUCUGUCUCGGCAACGCCUGCUCAGCUCACAACAAUAUCUCCUUACCUCAGCCCUCCAAUCGCUAUAUUCGCCCUGGUUCUCAUGUCCUACCCGAGCGAACAUCCCGAGGGCUCGCCCUGGUCCGCGUCCCUACAGUCUUUCGCGCUGACAACGUUCGGCGACCUGAACAUCGAGCGCCUCUACGGCACGAUCGGCGGUCUUUUCCUGUUGCUCAGCAUAAUUAUCUCUCCACACGCCCGCCAUCUGCUGUCCCGUCCACCUCUGCGCUGGCUCGGCAAGGUCAGCUUCGCGAUAUACCUCCUCCACGGCACCCUCCUGCGCAGCCUAUUCGCCUGGCUCCUACAUUUCGGUACCCAAAUGGAAGAAUUCCAAGAAUUCGAAUCAAAAGGCGACGGCUGGAAAGGCGACGGCUGGGCAGGCGAAGUCCUCGUCUCGCAUAUGCGCUACCCUGUGCCCAGCUUCUUUCGCUGCUGUGUGGCGACCACGGUUUCUAUGGCGGCGAUACUGGCUGCCAGCCAUCUGUGGAGCGAGAAGGUCGAGCCCGUGUGCGCGUCACUGACGGGUGCGGUGGAGAAGCUGGUCAAGGGAAAGCUGUCGAAAGAGGAGGCGUUGGACGUGAUCAGUGUCGGCAGUCGGACACCGCUAUUGGAGGAGAAGGGUGGGUUGUUGUUGCCGAUUCGGCAGGACUAA